UACUGCUGCAGUAACGAGUGGCGAGGGGGGAUGACUGCAGUUUCUCAGGCUGAUGGAAGAGAGCGAGCAAGAUAUGUUUGCACGCUGUUAAAACGUUAACCCCUAAGUGCCUCGGUGGUGUAUGGCCCAGACGUUCGUUGAGGAUUAGGAAAGAGGAGAACACUGCAGUCAGGUUUCUGUUGGUGUAGCCAUCAAACAUGAAGGAGAAUUUGUUUAAGAAUAACCCUGAGGCCAUGGUGGCCCCCGUGCCCACUGGUGCCAGUGCCCUGACGAUGGCCCCUGCUGUAUCUACACCGGCAGACAACUCCACUGAGCAUCAGGGCCCUGUCAGCAAGAAUGACGUCUUUGGUGACAUCAAGAACAAGUUCCUCAAUGAAAUGGACAAGCUACCAUUACCUCCCUGGGCCAUCAUUGCCAUCGCUAUCGUAGCUGUGGUCCUCAUACUCACUUGCUGUUUUUGCAUUGUUAAAAAGACCUGCCUUAAGAAGAAAAAAGGCAAGAAGGGAAAGAAAGGGAAGGAAGACAUGGGAAUGAAGAGCAUGAAGGGAGGAGAGAAACAGGAAGAUGAUGAUGAUGAAGAAGAUAUAGACAUGGGAAUAACUGAAGAGAAAGAGGAGGAACCCAAAGAAAAGGAAAAGCUUGGAAAACUACAGUUCUCCUUGGAUUAUGACUUCUCUGACAACAAGCUGACAGUGGGCAUCCUGCAAGCUGCAGAUCUUCUCUCCAUGGACAGUGGUGGCACCUCUGACCCGUACGUCAAAGUUUUCAUUCUCCCAGAUAAGAAGAAGAAGUACGACACCAAGGUGCAUAAGAAAACUCUCAACCCUGUCUUCAAUGAGACUUUCCACUUUAAGAUUCCAUUCACUGAAAUGGGAGGAAAGUCCCUGGUCAUGUCUGUGUAUGACUUCGACCGUUUCUCGAAGCACGAUGUGAUAGGUGAGGUGAAGAUUCCCAUGAACACCCUGGAUCUGGCACAGCCCAUUGAGCAGUGGAGAGACCUGGACAGUGCAGAGAAAGAAGAGCCUGAAAAGCUUGGCGACAUCUGCAUCUCCCUGCGCUAUGUACCUACAGCUGGAAAACUCACCAUAUGUAUCCUUGAGGCUAAGAAUCUGAAAAAGAUGGAUGUUGGAGGACUUUCAGAUCCUUAUGUGAAGAUUCAUCUUCUACAAAAUGGAAAGAGACUGAAAAAGAAGAAGACAACAGUGAAGAAGAACACACUGAACCCGUACUACAACGAGUCCUUCAGUUUCGAGAUUCCACAGGACCAAAUGCAGAAAAUCCAAGCUGUGAUCACAGUGCUGGACUAUGACAAGAUCGGCAAGAACGAUGCCAUCGGCAAGAUCUGGGUGGGCAGCAAAGCACAGGGCACUGAGCUGAGGCACUGGUCCGACAUGCUUACAAAUCCACGGCGGCCCAUCGCUCAGUGGCAUCCACUCAAACCUGAGGAGGAGGUGGACGCGUCGCUAGCAGCCCUCAAUGCCAAGAAAUAAUCCUGCCACUUCCCUUCUACUUCCUCCCCAACUUCCCUACCUUUCUUUCUUUCUUUCUUCCACUUUUCAACAUGCACAGCAUCUUCAACAACCAAUCAGCACUGAAUUACAGCCAUGGGCCACCAGAGUGGACACUAGAGGUUUCAAAUGAAGACGACUGGAUCUCAUCGACUGCUACAACCCAACACAAAUGAGAUCAAGUUCGUCAAGACCAGCCGAUCUCAGAGGUCAGUAUGUCCUUUGAAGAGUGUUCUUUGGCACAGCUUGGAGUUAUGGACAUUUUCACCCAAAAGUCCAAGAGAUCCACAGCAUUCCAAAAUUUUGCAUCGGGGACCAGGGAUAGAAACACACUGCCUAUUCCACUGCCUAAUUUUAACACAUUCCUUCUAGAUUCUCUGGUCAUCUAGAUCAAAUGCAUUCAGUUACUUUUGUUUAGUCUGAAAGGACAAUUAAAAAUGACUUAUAAUUAUGAAAAUGAAAAAAAAUAUAUAUAAUCAUAAUUAUAAUAAAGGAGAAUGGUCAGAUAUUUGGACUAGAUGCUCCUGACCCAACAAGAAGGAAUUUUUCAGGUGUCAUCGAUUACACUGCCUGCAAACAACCUCUUCUUCCAUUCUUCUUCCACUGCCCAACAUCCUAACACACCCUGACAUAAAGGAGACAAGCCUUCAAACAUCACAAAAUAAGCAAUUCUUAGCUUCCAGGGACAUCUCCCUGUUAGCAUUUGUGUAUUUGUUUCUUCGCUUUGAUUUGUUGUAUUAAAUGUAUUCUGCCUGAGCACUUUAAAUGAACGUGUGUUUCUGUUUUAGUCGAUAACUUUGUUUUUAUCAGUAUUUUUACCUGCAUUUGGGAGUUUGUUGCUUUGAUUCAUGUUUUUUACCUUCUGGACCUGCUCAUUAAGAAUUUAUUCCAGAAUUUGUUUAUUAAUGUUUUUUUAAUUUUGGUUUUAACCUGAAGUUCUUACAAGGAGUGAGAGUUUGGCAGAGGGCAUUGUUGUGUACUUGUGUGUAUUUAUUUACUUCACAUUUGACCAAACAGCUGAAAUUAUUUGCACUACUGGCACUACAUGUAUGUUGCUCUAUCGAUUAGUGACGUUGCAUUCUUGAUGCAAGUUUUCAAAUUUGCAUUUGUUAACAAUACAAGGAACUUCUAGAAUCUGAAUGUUGCUUUAGUGCUUACAGUGGGUGAUUCAUCGUUUGACAAUGCAAAUCUCAGAAUAUGAUUUCACUGAUGAACUAUGAUUAAAUGAUAUAGAUUCAUUUUCUGGCAUUUGAUACUUGUAUUGCCUGGAGAACAUAUUUUAGCAAUGAUGAUAUCUUAAGUUGUUUACUAGUUGGGGAAUUUAGCAAAUGGCACGCCUGAAACUGAUCUACAUUUAUUUUUAGAGCGUAAUUUAGUGUGUAUCAGUGGCAUAGCCAGAAAUAAGACCUUGGGUGUGCAAGAACAAAAGCACAAUUAAGUGAAAUAUAAUAAAAUGAAUUUUAAUCUCUGUGUAGUUUAAAUUACUUUAAAAAAUAAAUGAUAUAAAAAUAUGAGGCUUCAUAAUUCAUCAAUAAUAAUAAUAAUAGUUUGGAAUGAUUCAUUAUUAUUUUACAAAAUAUACUAAAGACACAAAUAUAAAUUAUGGUAGAAUUUGCACAAUGUAAAAACACACCAGGUUUUAGUUAAAUUAAUUGGUUAUAAAACUUAAUUGUGGAUAAGAAAUAAAUCAGUUAUGCAUUGUGUUGAACAGAAGAAUGCACAACUGUAAGAAGAUUCAAAAGCUUUUUGAGCAUUCUUUGUAUUUAUGGAGUAUA